AUGUUACUAACCGAAAUAAUAAUCCGUAAGUGCGAUUUCGCAUUUUUCCUUAUUAUUGUCACGAAUCGCUUUUACAGCUUUUUUGUUAAUUUUUUUGUGGUUUCGCAUUCCUUCUCUCAAUUACUGCUCAUUCACUUAAGUUUUGACUCUAAUGUAGGCGCCAAGGAAUGUGAUAAACAGCACACUUGCUACCAACACUAUAUGAAAGUAUUAUCGAUAAAAAAUCGUAGAGCCUCAGCCGAAUUUGACCAUUACAAAGUCUCUGAAAACUGCAAAAAAUAUCCAAAGCUUGCUGAAGAACUUUGCCCACAUUCAUGUGCUUUGUGCUGUAAAACAAAGGAAUAUCGAUGCAACAACAUUGCGGACUGCAAUGGAAUCACUCGCGCAAUGUGCCAAACGCCGACUUUAUUUGAGGCUUUGUUAAAAAUGUGCCCACAAACUUGUGGCCUUUGCCAUAUGGCAGGUGCUGGCAAUAGAUGCCCAAAUACACUAAAGGAAUGUGACAUUUUGGUAAGAUUAGCGGGUUGCAACGACACCAUUAAAGCAUUCUGCCAAGAAUCAUGUCAUUCCUUGGAUUGCUUAAAAUGUAAAUUACUUUUAAGAUCACAAUAUUCAUACCUCUGCGUUGGACUAUAUGGAACAGUGUAUGCAAAUCAGUGUAGAUUCAUUUGCAGUUUUUGUAAUGGAGGAAUGGAGAAAAAUAUAUUUUUUACAGGCUUAAAUCUUGAAAUAAAAUUUAUACUGAAUCCUAUUUUCAAAUAA